AUGGCCAUGAUAUUGAUCACGACAGUCAAAAUGACAUCCAUAUCACAUACCUCGAGAGAGUUUGACAAGCUGUAUCAACUAGAUACCCAGUAUGAGCCUAUUGCUGGUCCCUCUCGCUCCAGGUCAAGAGCAACCACACCGAAAACUCCAAAAUCACCCAAGUCUCCUUCCUCCCGACCUCCUUCGAGGACAGAACGUCGAUUCGUUUGUUCACAUCAAGGUUGUGGGAAGGCGUACUUCAAGCCUUCUAGACUUGCAGAACAUGAGUUGAGUCAUACGGGAGAGCGACCACAUUUAUGCCCAGAGUGUGGUCAGACAUACCUCCGUACUUCACAUCUCCACGCACAUAUGCGCACUCAUCUGGAUCCGGAGACCAAACCGUUCAGAUGUGAUAGAGAAGGAUGUGGGAAGACGUUCUGGACAGGAACUCAUCUAAGACGACAUGAGGAGGCACAUGAUUCCGUUCAAACGUUUACAUGUGACAAAUGUACACAGACAUUCAACAAAGCUCAUCAUUUAAGAGAACAUUCCUUGUGUCAUUUACCACCCGGUACGAAACCUUUCCAAUGUACUCAAAAUGGAUGCGGGGCUUCGUUCAGUAUGAAAGCGCAUCUAAAGGCUCAUGAGAAAACGCAUGAUGCUACGAGAUACACAUGUUCUCAUCCCUCUCACGUCAUCUUCCCCUCUUUCCCCACUUGGUCUUCCCUUCAAUCUCAUCUUCAUUCCGCUCAUCCUCCGACCUGUCCAUACGACCAAUGUGGCGGGCGGAUAUUCAAGAAUCAUCAACGACUAAGGGAUCAUUUGAAGGUACAUGAACAACAAACUCUAGACUUGGGCAAUUUGGUCCCUAUCCCUACAUCUCAGACUUUAUCAACUAGAGCGGAUCAUGUGGAUGACUCAUCUGUAGUCAAGGAAUCAAGACGACAGAAGAGAAAAAGGCUUUUGCGAGAAUCAGGAACAGACAGGGGUGUAGAAGUUGAAGUGAAUGAUAUGGUAGAUGAGGAAGGGAAGGGAAAGAAAUUGAAGAGGAUUGAAAGUGGACAAGAGGGAAAAGAAUGGGAAUGUGAGGCGGAGGGAUGUACCAAGAAGUUCAAAACCAAAUUCGCCUUGCAAACACAUAACCGAGCCGUCCAUCAAGCUAAACGAUUUAUAUGUCCAAACGAAUGCGGUACAAGUUAUUCCCAUAUGUCCAACCUCACUCGACAUAUCCUCUCAGAACAUCCUACAUCUUCCACCGUACCCACUACUCCUAUCCAACCCUCGAUCUCUGGUUCACAAAUCUAUCCAUCGACUCCUCCCGACUUGUCCAGGCUUCUCAAGUCAUCAGAUUCCACAUCGAUACCUCCUGACUUCUCUGGUAAAGUCCAGAUCUCCCCUGGUAUAGUCAAAAUGGAACCUUCGUCUCCCACUAUGAAUAAUCAUCAAAACCGACCUUCACUGUAUGGGCAAGACGAACGUUUUAUUGAAGAAACAAGUGGUCAGGAGGGUAUAAACUCCGAAUUGACCAAAGACAUAGAUGAAGUAUCUGGUCGUGAGGAUCUGAUCAACUCAAGAAAGAAGAAAAGUAAAGAUUAUAUAAAUGGUCAUGAGAAUAUCAAAGUAUUUGGAGUAAAACAGAUGGACAGAAAAGUAAAAGUUAAGAAUAUGACACAGUCAAAACAAGAUUUGUUAAAUUUAUUCAUUGGUCCUAAUGAAGAAAAUCGACCUUAUAUAUGUCCACACCCUACUUUCGGAUUUGAUCUAGAACAAGAAUGUCAUCAAAGAUUUUGGAGAAGUUAUGAUUUAAGUCGACAUCUUAGAUCUGUUCAUGGAUUAGAUUUAUCACCGGAAGAAUUGAAUAGGGUGAUUAUCUUAGCUUGA